CAUGAUCUGACAGAAGUGACGUCACGUAUGAAGGAUAUCCACGCGGUAGACUGUGUUGCAAUAAGGACUAUUUUGAAGUGAAUUUGAGAUACAAAACAGAAACAAAUUGUAUAUACACCAUGACCGAAAACGGGGAGAGUCUCGCCCCAGAUUCCUGGGAUCAAGAGGACGCCCAAGCCACGAGUGAUGUUGCAUCACAGUUGUCAAAUCUCAACGUCAAUGCCCCAGCAUUUGUGCCAGGGCAAAAUGUAUUUGCAGCAGAGUUUGUGCCUUCUUUUCAAAAAGGGGCCCCAGCAGAAGUACAAGACACACCAAAUGUUGCAGAACCCCCACCAACUGAGCAAGAUAAAUCAGACACUGCUGAGACAGAAAUGGAGGCCACAGAGAAGUGGGAAGAUGAGGCGGCAGAGGAUGCUGAUAUGAACGAGGAGGAGGAAGAGGAGGAGGAUGAACCCGCUCCCGUUAAAUCACUAGCUCAGGAAAGCCUGGGGCCCAAGAAAGAACACGUCAAUGUUGUCUUCAUAGGACAUGUCGAUGCCGGAAAAUCAACUAUUGGAGGACAUAUUAUGUAUCUUACGGGUAUGGUAGACAAACGUACGCUAGAAAAAUAUGAGAGAGAGGCCAAGGAAAAGAACAGAGAAACAUGGUAUUUGUCAUGGGCAUUAGACACAAACUUGGAGGAGAGAGAAAAGGGAAAGACAGUAGAGGUUGGCAGGGCCUUUUUUGAAACAGAAAACAGGCACUUCACUAUCUUGGAUGCUCCUGGGCACAAAAGCUUUGUACCAAACAUGAUUGGUGGGGCAUCGCAAGCAGAUUUGGCUGUAUUGGUGAUCUCUGCCCGUAAAGGAGAGUUUGAGACAGGAUUUGAGAGAGGUGGACAGACCAGAGAGCAUGCUAUGUUAGUGAAGACUGCUGGAGUCAAACAUUUGGUUGUUGUCAUCAACAAGAUGGAUGACCCAACUGUCAUGUGGUCAGAGGAUAGAUUCAACGAGUGCAAAGAGAAAUUACUACCUUACCUAAAGAAGUGUGGGUUCAAUCCAAAGACAGACAUCUUCUUCUUACCUGUCUCCGGAUUAACUGGUGCAUUCCUGAAAGACAUACCUGACGAGUCUGUAUGUCCGUGGUACAGAGGGCCAUCACUGAUUACCUACCUAGACACAAUGCCUUCAUUCAACAGAUCCAUAAACCAACCUGUCCGCAUGCCUAUUGUAGACAGAUACAAGGAUAUGGGCAUCUUGCUACUAGGAAAAUUAGAAUCUGGAUGCAUAUUUCGGAACCAAACAUUCCUGCUAAUGCCAAACAGAGCCAGUGUCAAAAUCAUGCAAAUUUUCUCUGAUGACAUUGAAGUGGAAGAGGCCAAUCCAGGAGAAAAUCUCAAACUGAAAGUGACAGGAGUGGAAGAAGAGGAUGUAUCGCCUGGGUUUGUAUUGUGUCCUUCCAAUAGUCUAUGCCACACAGCAAAAACAUUUGAUGCUCAGAUUGUGAUACUGGAACACAAGUCCAUUAUUUGUGCGGGAUAUAGUGCUAUUCUACACAUUCAUGCAUGUGCAGAAGAAGUAACGAUCAAGACCCUACUGUGUAUCAUAGACAAAAAGACUGGCGAAAAGGCCCAACUGAAACCUAGAUUUGUGAAACAAGAUCAGGUGGCAAUAGCAAGAAUAGAAGUCAACGGAGGAAUGAUCUGUUUAGAGACAUUCAAAGAUUUCCCUCAGAUGGGACGAUUUACAUUACGAGAUGAAGGAAAAACGAUUGCAAUAGGAAAAGUUCUAAAGAUCCGUGAAUAAAUUAAAAACUGACUUUGAGAAUUCAAUUGGAAUGCGACACUAGUUAUGCUUUCAGUGCUCAACAGAAAUUUGCCUGUUAGUGAAAAUUCCAAAGAGGACUGAUCUUUGAACUUGGCAACAUACAAAUGUACAUGUACUUGGCAGAGUGUUUCUGCUCUCUGGAGGUUAAGGGCAAACUUGUACAUGUACAAAGGUGCUUUAUUGUGUACAUUUUAUUUUAACAGUUCAAGUUGGUUUUAGAAAAUUAUGCUGUUUAAAAUAGGGUGGGUUUUUUUUACUAUGCAAUGUGCAGAAAUCAUCAGUAUAUUUUGAUUUGCUUUUUUUGGGGGGGGGGGGAGGGGGGCUGUUUAGUUGAUUUGUUAAUUAAUUUUCUUAGCAGUUCCUAUCGCUUGAAAUCUACAUGAAAACUUGUACAUAUCAAAUCGGUUGUAAUUUUUUUUUCAUAGAAUAUUUUAAAAAUAAAAGUAGUCUAAUUUUCAGGAAAAAAUGGACCCACCAAAUAGAUCAUGAAAUUAAAUGUAGGCUAUUUGAAGCAUUUUCUAUUAAAUUUCAUCUGUUGCCUUUGAAUUUUUUUUAUGUUUGCCAUGUUCACUGUAUAAUUCAUAACAUUGUUCAGUUUGUAUGUUUUUGCAAAGUUUACUGCAGAUGGCUAUAAACUAUCAUAAAAAGAUACAAAUAUAUGAAAUCAUUAUGAAAUUCCUAACUGGGUGAACAUUUCAGUCAAGUGAUUUAAGCUAAGAUAAAAGGAUAAAAACUUUAAACAAUAAAUAUAUUAAUGGUAAAUUUCUAGAUGACUAAAUUUUGUUCACACUGCAAAAAUAUUAAUGAUGACUUGUUUUAUUAUAAUUAUGCUGUAUUGAGGUAAGAUUGUGAACACCAUUUUAUGGCAAUACAAAUUUCGUGUAUUUAUGAUGUAUACCAGUACAUGUGUAUCUAGAAAACAAUUUCUUGGAACAGUUUUGUUGAUGUCACAGUCUGUGUUAUGCAAAAAGUGCUGUAAAGAUUUGACACCUUUGAUAUUUGUCAAAAUAAGGUAUAAAAUUAAAAAUAUUAAAUACUUA